CUGAGUUGUUUAUACGCAUCUUUAUGUAGGUCACUGGGAAUUUGGAAGCUUCGCGAAUUGCUUACGAUGGGAAGAGACUACUAUAAGAUCCUUGGCAUAAAUAAGAAUGCAACUGACGAGGAAAUAAAGAAAGCAUAUAAAAAGCAGGCAUUUCAAUACCAUCCUGAUAAGAACAAGUCUCCGAACGCGGAGGAAAAGUUUAAGGAGAUUGCGGAGGCGUACGAUGUUUUAUCUGACCCCAAAAAAAGAGCAAUAUAUGAUGAACAUGGUGAAGAAGGACUGAAGAAUGGACCAACUUCAAGCGGAGGUGGGCAAGGCUACACUUAUACUUUUCACGGUGACCCACGGGAAACAUUUAGGAUGUUCUUUGGCAAUGAUGAUCCCUUCUCAGGGUUUUUUGCAUCAGGAGGAAGACGUACUAAUGCUGCGGAGCCUAUGAACGUCGAUGAUUUCUUUGGCGGUACACCUUUAGGAGGUUUCUUUGAAACUAGGAACAUAAAUACGACAGGUGGUCGAAGACCUCAACAGGAUCUCCCAAUAUAUCAUGACUUGUCAGUCUCAUUGGAAGACGUUCUUUAUGGGACAACAAAGAAAAUUCGUAUUACGAGAGCUCGUUUAAAUGCGGAUGGACAAACAACUCGUCAGGAAGAAAAAACAGUUGAAAUUGAAGUUAAAAAGGGUUGGAAAGCUGGAACGAAAAUCACGUUCCCUCGAGAGGGUGAUGAAACCACCAAAGGUUGCAUUCCUGCCGAUGUUGUUUUCGUUCUCAAAGACCGAACACAUAAACAUUUCAAGCGUGAAGGUAGCGAUGUACGUUAUAAGGCUAAAAUCAGCCUAAAACAAGCUCUUUGUGGUGGAACAGUUUCAAUACCGAGAAUCGCAGGCAGUCCUAUAAGCCUCCCACUCACCGACAUCGUCAAACCUGGGACCAUUAAACGUAUUCCAGGUGAAGGUCUUCCCUUUCCAAAGGAAACUAGUCGCCGUGGAGAUAUCAUAGUUGAAUUUGAGAUCAAAUUUCCAGAGUCUUUAUUAAGUUCACAGAAAUCCCAAUUAGCUUCAAUAUUACCCGAUUAACCAUGCAAGUUAAUGAAGACACGUAAACUAACGCUUUUGAUUAUAGAGUCAGUCAUAGUAUGUACAUAUCGGGUUUCCUGAAGUCAUAAUGCAUCUUGUUUUCACUUUGCAAAUAAAAUCAUUUACUAUUUUCUGAAAGUAUUCGGAAAUAAACAAUGUUAAAAAAUAAAGGGGCUUAUCAUAAAAUAUUUGAAAGUUUUGAAUUUAGUUCUAAAUCACCACUUGUUUCUCCAUUGAAUACGAUGGAUAUCGGCUUUGGUAUUUUUCACUUCACUCCUUACUGUAUACACAAUUAAUGGUAACGAGUUAUUAUAAUCCUACUUUGUUAACGAAAAGUUAGUUACACCGUGAAAACAAGUUUAUUAGUCUUCCGAGUCAGCGCAAUUUUUU